AUGGACCUUGCUAUUCGUGUAAAUGUACGCUAUGCCGCCCCUGCCAACUCCCAGAUUAAGGACGCUCUGCUACUUUUUAAAAGCGCACGCUGGGUACAUUCCAUCAUUCGGCACAUUAUCCCGCAGCUUAAUAGCGUCUCGCCUGCUUCCAUGCGUCUUAUGGAGACGAUCAGGAGCAACAUGGCCGACGUACGGCAGCAGCAAGACGAAGAAUGUGCGGUCUGUGUUGUAUGCAUGGAAAUGCUUUCAUCCCCUUGUGCCGAGCUACCCACAUGCUGUCAUCAAUUUCACAAACGCUGCAUCGAGCCGUGGCUCAAGAUGCACAGCACUUGCCCGACAUGCCGAAACCAGCUUCCCACUGACACAUACACGAGCUACAGUGUCUACGCUAUUAACACCACUAUUGUCUUACAGCAGUCCCAGUCUUGUUUGCCUGCUGCCGAAUUGUUGGAGCUAUCAGCUAGCAAUCAGGUGAUCCGAGCCAUUGUAAAUGCGCGAGUGAGGAGGAAUGCAAUUUCGACCGGAUAUCUGUCGCGUGAUGUACCGGUUUUCCAGACGGAGCCCCCAAUCAUGAACGCGAGUGUGUUACAGCAUGGCUCCGGCCUAUCUGCAGUAUUGCCACCUUGUAUUAGUGAGCCCGUAGUACCAGUCAUGCACCGAAAUGCUUCUCGACGUCGUUCCCGAGAGCAGGAACCUAUCCAGACGAUUGACAAGCGACGGCGGCUGAGCGAGUCGACCGAGGACAUUUCGACGUCGUGA